AACGGGCAGCUCGCGUGGACAGUUCGCCUUCGCAAUUCGGUCGCUCGUUUGCUUUGCGCGACCAAGUCAAUUUGAAAACAAAAUUUUGGCCAAACAAAAUUGGUUUUUUCAAUUAGCCAAACCACGACCACUCGAGAAACCGCAAAGAAAUGCGACGCGACGCGCUGCCAACUAAUUCAAUCUAAAUCAGUAGAAUCAACUCGAUAAGUGCAACAUUCCCCUCGUAAAUAAUUAAAAAAGCGUUGCAGUUAAGUUACCGCUUUAAACAACGAUCCAACUUAAAAACAAAAGGAAAACCUUCCACCUAGGCUAAGAAAUAAAAUAAAAUAAAAAACCGGAAAAUGCUCAUGCACACCACAUCAAUUUCCACAACAUCGACGGCCACCAUGACCAACUCAUCGUCCUCGGCCACGCCCACACCCGGAUCGACCUCCUCCAACAACAGUGCCACGCUCGAGACGCUCCACCACCAGCAGCAGCAGCAGCAACAGCAGCUGCAACAGCAAUUGCAGCAGUUGCACACGAACGCGGCGAACAAUUCGCGUCCCCCCUCGCGAGCUCCCUCCAUUCUGGACAGUCCGACGCUGGCGCGCGUGGAGCGGGCUCGUCUGCGGCUGGAGCAGCAGGAGCGGGAGCGGGAACGGGAGCGCAGCAGCCAGCGGGAGGGGGGCGGUAAUGGCAAUGGCAACGGCAGUGGGAGCGGGGGAGGGGGCGGCAGCAGCACCGGCACCGGCAGCACCGCCACAACCAUGAAUCGUGAGGACAGCCUGGAGCGCAGCAUUUUGGAUCCCAAGAAAGAAACGGCGCCCUGGCAUCAGAUGUGGACACACAUGAAACGCCUUUCGCACGCCUCCAAAGUAAACUCAACGAGCAGCCUGACCGCCCAGAAAACCGAUGUGGGCGUGGGCGUGGCCCAUCAUCCAAACAUGACACCCAAUGCAACAACAGCAACAACAACAACAGCGAACAUCUCAUCGGCGGGGAAAUGCAUUCUAUUCCCGGAUAAGACGUCCUCCCUGAAAAGCUCUAUGUAUACGCAACAGGUGUACUUCAGGCCCGAUAUGGUGAGUUGCAACAACCAAAGCACUUGGCUCAAUUUCAACCACGACCAAUCCUUGCUGGCAGGACGCAUUCCGGUGGCCUCCAUGACAGGACCCAUUAAACGUGGACUGCUCUGGCAGCAAAGGGAUCGCCUCUUCUCCCGCUGGAAGGAACGAUACUUUGUGCUCACUCGUGACUAUUUGCACUGCUUCAAAAGAGCCUCGGGAUCGGCCAAUGAACGUGCCUCGGAUAUGGGACAGUUUAUCUUUAAGGUCAAGCUGGUGGACGUGGAGAAGGUGGAGUGGCUGAAUCGGCGCUCCUACAGCGCCAUUGGAUUGCUGCUCGGGCGCGAGGGUCGCGUUCUCCUACGCUGCGAUGAUGGCCUCGAGGACUGGUUCGAGCUGCUGGAGGAAUGCACAAUAACCUCGAAGGAGCGAAGACGAGCCCUGAAGAUCGCCCAAGGACCGAGAUCGCGAGCCUCGCUGGCUGCUCCUGUUUCACACGCCUCGCUGCAGUUCCAGCACUUUGGUCUGGGAGGCACUUACUCGAGUGCUCUGGACGACUGGCUGAUGACCAAUGGAACUGGAGGCCUGGCCCGUCACAAAAUAGGAGCUGGCAGUCUGAAUGGCUACGCAGGAGCUAAUCCCUUCCUCUUCUCCGAUUCUGUUCCGGAUCUGAGUGCUCUGAACAACGAGAACCACAAUCAUCACCUGAGUGGCAUCAGCACGAACCACUCGACUCCACAGAAGAUCCCGCACCACAGCAACGCGAAUCUCAGUCGAUAUUCGAAUGGCUAUGUCUCCGCCCAGAAUAGUUUCACCCAGGCUGGAGCACUUUAUGGAUCCCCCAGGAGGAUCUUCAUCAACAGCAGUUUCGGGUCCAAUCAGGUGGUGGAUGAGGAGACCGAGGAGGCAGAGGUUCAGCUGAGGAGACCCAGACUUUUCCGCGGAGUGAGCGCCACUCCGGAUAAUGGCAACGAAUUGGAUCGGGAUUGGCUAUAUAGAAAGCCAAGGGCGCCCACUGAUAUGAGGCACUCAGUCCAACCCAUGUUGCCAACUGGCGGCGGCAGUAACAUCGGCCUGGCCAAAACCGAGCUGGACUGUUCGGCCCAUGAUAGCGGCCUGGACACGCCCCCCUCGACGCACCGCCCCUCGAGUUACCGGGAGGCGAGUAGGGACAGCACCGAAACGAAUGGCAGCUCCUCGAGGGGAACUCUACUGAAUAACUCCUCGCCGGCCGGCAGCUUUCGGGCCAAGAAGCUGAGCAGCCAGGUGAGCAAUCUCAACCAGCUGAACUCGCUGCACGGAUCGAGAUACUCGGUGCAGGAUCAGCGCAUCCUGAAGAUGCGCAACAACGAGGAGGAUCGCUGUGCCUCGAUCAAGAUGGCCAACCGCCUGAAUCAGAAUCAAGACCAGGCCUCCUACGAUCCCAACCAGAAUCGAUACUAUAAGAAUGGAAAUGCCACGCCCCCAACUUCACUAACGCCCCAACACACGCCGCAGCACAAGUUGCUGAUGAUGCAUCAUGGCAAUGGAAACGGGAACUUGGGAACCCUAAAUGGCAAUAGCAAUGGUUCAGGAACGGAUCGGAUGAACGGAUCGGCCAUCUUUAGGGAGCGAUACCAACAUCCCGCCUUGGCCGCCAUCAUAAACGAGGCUCAGGGUCUCAAGUUCCGAGAAGAAACAGAAAAUAUGUGGUAAUCUCCCAAAAACCAAAUUGUGCAUGAUACACAAAGUCUCGGGCUCCAUAGUGCAUGACCAGAUCAGGAAAUAUAUAUCGACCAGAAGAUGUAGAUAAAGAGAUCCUUUCCCCAACUUGUAGAGCGCGCCUAUUCGGAUAGCCAGCAACGUCGUUUGAAUAACAACAAUGGACCGACUCCACAACCAGCCUCACCUCUCGCCCAGCGCCGGAAUAAUGUUGGAAUCGGAUCUGGAA